UUAAUGGAAUUUCUAGCUCAGCAUUCUUUGACGUUAAAUUCAAGAAAAGAUGUAAAAAAAAAUAAUUUACAAUAACAAGCACAAAACCUUGACGAAAACGCAGCCAAAAUGAGUGAUUUAUUGCUGGCGAAGGAAAAAAUGAAUAAUUUAUCCCCGAAAUCGCCGUACCCGCAAAUCGGACUAGGAGCUGCUGGUGGAUUCGUCACCGGCUACGUCCUGCUGAAGGUCAGUAAGGCGGUGGCAGUGGCAGCUGGCGGUACCAUUCUGAUCAUCGAACUGGCCCUUCAUGCCGGCGUGGUCAAGCUGGACGUUCUCAAAGUAAUUUCACAGCCUAGUCAGGAUCAAAGCCGGGCACAUCGUAGACUCUCCAAUGCCUUGUCCGCGGAUGAGGUCAAUCUGAGGGAAAAGGCAUGUAAUCUAUGCGCGGCCAGCGGGCGAUUAUGUGUGGCUUUUCUUGGGGGCUUCUUGCUGGGUUUCGGCUGGGCUUAACUAAAUUAAAAUAUUUAAAUAGUAAAAACGAGGAAUGCAAACAAA